UUACUUCAAACGAAUCAAACCAGCAGGGUUUAGAAUACGGUACAUUAGAAGGCAAGUUCGUUUCAUCAGCGAACUAAUUUUUCAUGCACUAAAUUACUCUGGCAUACUCAAACUGCGACCUUUACCGAAGAGAGUUUCGAGUGUUUGUGCUGUUGAAAUUACAGUUCCAAAAUGACGACGUCUUCAGCUAUGUCAAGAUUAUCCCAUCUUCAAGGACAUCUGAGCCCUACAGACUCAAACUCUAAGAUUGGAAGAUUGGUGAAGUUAUCUCCAGAGGUUUCUCGAGCUUUGUCAUCUGGUCAACCUGUUGUUGCCGUAGAAUCCACUAUUAUAUCCCAUGGGAUGCCAUAUCCUCAAAAUUUGGAGACAGCAAGAGAGGUGGAGGCAAUUGUGAGAAAGAAUGGAGCAGUUCCUGCUACUAUUGCAAUUUUAGAUGGCAUACCAUGCAUAGGUUUAAGCAUAGAAGAGCUGGAGAGACUUGCUACUCUGGGAAGUAAAGCACGAAAGACUGCAAGGAGGGACAUUGUGCAUGUUGUGACCACCAGAGGGAAUGGUGCAACUACUGUUUCUGCAACCAUGUAUUUUGCUUCAAUGGUUGGUAUUUCUGUGUUUGUUACUGGAGGAACUGGAGGAGUACAUAGACAUGGCGAGCAUACAAUGGAUAUAUCAUCUGAUCUUACUGAGCUUGGCAGGACUCCAGUUGCUGUUAUCUCUGCUGGAGUAAAAUCUAUAUUAGAUAUUCCCAGGACCCUUGAAUAUUUGGAAACUCAAGGUGUUUGUGUUGCUGCUUAUAAGACCGACGAGUUCCCUGCUUUUUUCACGGAAACAAGUGGCUGUAAGGCUCCUUGUCGGGUGGACACUCCAGAGGACUGUGCUCGGCUGAUAGAUGUUAAUACGAAACUUAAGCUAGGGACUGGAAUUCUGAUUGCUGUUCCCAUCCCAAAAGAACACUCAGCUUCUGGAAACUUGAUUGAGUCUGCCAUACAAAUUGCCAUCACUGAAGCCAGGGAAAAGAAGAUAACUGGCAAUGCUGAAACCCCUUUCUUGCUUGCUAGAGUGAAUGAAAUUACUGGAGGUGCCUCACUGGCUGCAAACAUUGCACUCGUGAAAAAUAAUGCUCUUCAUGGUGCGAAGAUUGCGGUAGCCCUUGCUCAGCUUAGAGAACAUUCUAAUAAAGGAGAUUCUGAGUUGGUGUGAGAGACUUCGAAUUGGAUUUCAUCUGGCAAGCUGGACUCAUCUUAAUAACACCAGCCCCCACUUCUCUGUCUUGCCUAUAAAUUCAAAGACUGAUAUUGAAAAUCCAAGGCCUUGGGUAUUUAUUUGAGUUGGAGGUCGCACACUCAAAAGGUAGUUUCACUUCGUCAAUUUUUUUUUUCCCAACUACAUCAAGCACAAUUUGGUUGUGAUAUACUGAUAAUACUUAUUGCUCAACUCUUUUAGAAAUUUGAGAGCCAAACAAAAUUUUUAGAAAUUUCUAACCCUUUUAAAUAACUCUGAUAAGCUUUGUUUGAAGCAA